CUGUGGUGACGGUCAUGUUUCCGCGGGGAGUGUACUGCGGGGUGCACGGUGGGCGGAGCCUGGGAUUGCAGCAUCCACACACCGGCUGCUCGGCUCACACAGGGAAGGCGACGAGGCGGCGGCUGAGGAGAGGAUUCGCUUGUCUCGUUGCUGGUUUUUCGCCCUCGCGCCUCACCCCGUCAUGGCCGACCCUGGGUCUGGGGGCGCACUCUCAGCCCUGGAGCUGUAUAACCGGGUGUCCGAACAAGGAGACAAAGUCCGAGCGCUGAAAACGGAAAAGGCACCAAAAGAUGAAAUUGAUGCUGCGGUGAAGCUUCUCCUGGGCCUGAAAACCGACUAUAAGAAUGCGGCAGGAGCGGACUACAAGCCGGGCGCCCCACCCACCAGUGACACCUCAGAUACCAGCAACGGGCUGCCUGCUGCAAGCGACGGCGACGACUUUGUGGACCCCUGGACUGUGCAAACAGGAAACGCAAAGGGGGUGGACUAUGAUAAACUUAUAGUUCGGUUCGGAAGCAGCAAAAUUGACAAGGAUCUUAUUGACCGGAUAGAGCGGGUUACCGGGAGCAAGGCGCACCACUUCUUACGAAGAGGAAUCUUCUUUUCACACAGGGACAUGCACCAGAUUCUGGAUGCAAUUGAGAAAAAGAAGCCAUUUUACCUCUACACAGGAAGAGGCCCGUCCUCGGAGGCAAUGCACGUGGGUCACCUCGUCCCAUUCAUCUUCACCAAGUGGUUACAGGAAGUAUUCAAUGUCCCGCUGGUCGUCCAGAUGACGGAUGAUGAAAAAUACCUCUGGAAAGACUUGACCAUCGAGAAGGCCUAUCAGUACACGAUAGAGAACGCCAAGGACAUCAUAGCGUGUGGCUUCGACAUUAACAAAACCUUCAUCUUCUCAGACCUGGAAUACAUGGGAAUGAGCUCAGGUUUCUACAAAAAUGUUGUACAAGUCCAGAAACAUGUCACAUUCAACCAAGUUAAAGGGAUAUUCGGCUUCACAGACAGCGACUGCAUUGGUAAAAUCAGUUUUCCUGCCAUUCAGGCCGCACCGUCCUUCAGCAGCUCCUUCCCAGAAAUAUUCAAUGGCAGAAAAGAUAUUCAGUGUCUCAUCCCGUGCGCCAUCGACCAGGAUCCAUACUUCAGAAUGACCAGGGAUGUCGCCCCCAGGAUCGGCUACCUUAAACCAGCAUUGCUACAUUCAACCUUCUUCCCUGCAUUACAAGGGGCACAGACCAAAAUGAGCGCCAGCGAUCCUAAUUCUUCUAUUUUCCUCACAGACACCGCCAAGCAGAUCAAGAAUAAGAUCAAUAAACACGCAUUCUCUGGCGGAAAAGAUACCAUCGAGGAACACCGGAAAUACGGAGGCAAUUGCGAAGUGGACGUCUGUUAUAUGUACCUGACCUUCUUCCUUGAAGACGACGAGAAGCUCGAAAAAAUUAAGCAGGAUUACACCAGUGGAGCUUUAUUAACGGGAGAACUGAAGAAAAUGCUGAUAGAAACGUUACAGCCGAUGAUCACUGCACAUCAGGAGCGGAGGAAGCAGCUCACCGAGGACCUGGUCAAACAGUUCAUGGCUCCAAGGAAGCUGGCAUUCGACUUUUAGCAACUUCUACAAUGCUGGCGGCUGGGCACAUAGAUCGUUGUCUGCUUGGCAUCACCAUCCAUGUACUGACCAGGGACCCUUUUACUGCACUCUACGAGGUUCAUUGUAAAUUAUUGCAAGAAACGCGUUCAACUGAAGCGAGGGACAGGUCUGGUUACUGGACACACCCAGAUUAAUAAUACAUAAAUUAUAUCUGCAUCUGGGAAAGCUGGGUCAAAUCAGUAUCCCAGGAGUCAGAUUAUUGCUGUGUAACUAGGCAGAUCUGCCACCCAAAUGUCAGCAGAAAUGGAUGCUAUACUGGUUUUCAUCCAUUUCCAGGGAGAGUAAAGGACACGUGUAUUGUGGAUUGUUUGGGAUUGGGCUGUACAGUGCCCCUUUUUACAUGGGACUGUCUGUCUUUCUGGGGGAUCAACAUGAAUACACUUUAACUUACGUUGUGCUCAAGGCAGAGCCAUGACUCUACACUGUUUGUGCCAGUGAUCACAAUUGGUCACAAAACCUUUCCCCAAAAAUCUGCGAGGAAAAAUAAUGAAAAAGAACAGGACAUAAAAAUUACAGCUGCAAAAAGAAGCUUCACCACAAGAGGGCGCUGUCUCAGGCCAUAAAAAUAAUAGGAAAAACCAUUUCCCAGCCGUACUACAAAGAGGCCGAAUCCUUUAAAUACUGGGUGACAUCAGAAUUUUCUGAUAAAACAGGACGGUCAAGAAAAUGUUUAAAUGAAAAAUGUUUUUCUCUUUAGAGUCUCCAUAGAUGUUGCCACCCUGGCUCCUGACCGGUAUGUGUGCCUAUGUCACCCAGCUUUCCCAUAAACAGAUAUAACUUAGGAACUUGACAUAAGAGGAAUCACUUACUGUCAGUACAUUACCUUGACUCCAUUAGGGCUGGUCACAAGAAUCACCACAUUGUGCAAGACGUAAAUCCGGACUAUGGCUCUAUGUCUCCAGGCCCUGGCAAUAAACCUAAUUAUAAAACUGUUAAUUGGCUUAAAAAGUUGUGCAACUUUCUA